UAAAAGUCCGAGUUGAAAUCUCCGGGAGUUAACUAGAAAAUUAUUUGGGAUUUUCGAGGUAUAUAAAUGUAACUCAACGUCACUAUUUGUUUUUAAAGCAUGUCUUACAUGGAGUGGGCCGAGUCUCAACUCGCUGAGGUAGAGCUGCUAAUCAGCAUGUUUCCCGGUCAGGACGAGCUGGAGCUCACCGACCAGCUGGCUCUGGCUGAACUCAGGAGCUACGUGGAAAACUCGGCUUCUGGGGAAAAGCCUCCUCCCGCCAGACCCCAGUUUUUCAUCAAACAGAGACUGGACUCUUCAGUUACGAAUGAGACGGAGUUUAUUCUGUCCUGUGCCUAUCCGUCUGAAUACCCCAGUGUGUUACCUGAUAUAACAGUAAGGUGUUCAGCUCUUAGCAGGGCCCAGCAGACAGAAGUCCAGACAGAUCUCAAUAAAUACCUUAUGAAAAACUGCCUGGGAGACUUAUGUGUGCUUGCUGCAGUGGACUGGGUGAAAGAAAACCUGGAACAUUUCAUUAAGAAGAGCUUCUCAACAGCACCGGCUGCUAAGCUGGAGUCUGCUUCUCAAACUACACAAGAAGUUUUCAGUCGACUGUGGAUCUACAGUCAUCAUAUCUACAACAAGUCAAAGAGGAAGAACAUUUUGGAGUGGUCAAAAGAGUUGGGCCUCUCAGGAUUCAGCAUGCCUGGAAAGCCUGGUAUUGUGUGUGUUGAAGGUCCUCAAUCUGCCUGUGAGGAAUUUUGGUCCAGAGUGAAGGUUCUGACAUGGAAGAAGAUCAUGAUUCGACACAGAGAGGAUAUUACCCUUAAUCGCCAAGGCGACGACAGCAACACUGUUGAGAGUUUAGACUCCCUGCGCAAAUUCACAGGCUUUGAAGAGGCAAUGUUUGACCCUCAUGGGAAUAGAGGCAAUCACAUGGACCUUGGACAGCUCUACCAGUUCUUAAAUGAGAAGGGCUGCUGUGAUAUCUUCCAGAUUUAUUUUGGCAUUGAAGGCAGGUAGUAGUCAAAGUCUGUGCACAGGUUGUGAUUAAAGUAAAAUAAAUUAACCAUUUUCUUUGUUUUAUUAAAACAGCUCCAAUGAUAAAAAAUACAGAAAGAAUUACUCUGAAAUUUUAGAGAUUAUUUCCUUAUUUUGGCAAAACUAAAGAACACUGAUUAAAAUAAAAGUGAUGGAUCAUUGGCAGAUCCCCAAUAUGUUCCUAAUAUUAAGUUCUAUUGUUUUUCAGUUUUAGUUUCAUGAUUUCCAUUUUUAAACAAAUUGCUCUUACAGCAAAAUCUUGUACUUCUGUGUGAAAUGUCUUUAUAGAUAUUUGCUUAACAAUUUACAAAAUUCAGUUUACAAUAUUAAUGUGUUUAAACUUCUAAAAGAUCACUUUUAGCACAAUUGUUUCAAUGUAUAGGCACCAUUAUCCAGAUUUUACCUGCUCACUAAAAGUGCAUUUUAGCACUUCUUUUUCAAACUGAGUACUAAAUGCCAGAUGACUUUAGAAAGUCCUGUUAAAUUAAAUUUUCACAAUUAUUAACAUUUUUACAUGAAUGCAAAGUUUUAAUUUGCAAACUGAAAGUGUCCAGCAGAUGGCACUAGUAGAUAAUGGAAAUGCAAACAUUGUAUUCUGAGAACUUGGGUUAUAUGAAAUCGAUCACUUGUAACAGUAGCCAUGGAUCACUUGUAACAGUAGCCAUGUGGUUAUUAAACGUUCAUUUUGUAUAAUAUGUUAAUCCAAAUCAAUGUUAUAUAUUUCAUUUAUGGUAAAUAAUCCAGUUAUGUAAUCUGAAAUAUUUGGGCUGGUUAACCUUUUUCAGACAGAAUUAAAAGGAAGUAAUUUAUACUUGAAUAUUGAAUUUGAUGAGUACCACUGGACUCAAGGUAUUUUGUUGAGACAAACUGUCUGGUCUUGUUCUCUGUGCAUUCUUGGCAUCGAGGCAAAUUUUGUUCUGGUGUGGUUUUGUCUGCUAGGGUUGCCCCAUGUUGUCGAAUCCGUUUCUGGUUUUUCAUUGACUAGAUCUCAAGGCAUCGUCAUGAACAAGAUGUUUGUUUGGGAAACAUCAGGGUCUCAUCUUUGCUUUUUGCAGAUGAUGUGGUUGUAUUUUGACCUUCAGUUUGAAGUGAAAAGGUUCACAGCAAAUGAGAAACAGGUGAGAUGAAAUCCAACUCCUCUGAGUCUGUGAGUUGAGUCCGUCUGUUUAGAAGGGAGCCUGGUCUCCCUUUUAAAAUGGAGUGAUUCCUUGUGGUUUAAGUAUUCUGGUGUAGUGUUCUUUAAUUUGUUUUGGUCACACCUAAAUAAUUAAGAUCAUCCAACAAAUUGUAAAAUCAGACAAAGAUCACACACGCAUAUCUAAAAUGCUGUUUUUAAAUUAUUAUUUUCAUUUAAUUUUAAAAAUACUAUCCAAACACUUUAUUUGAACCUGAAUGACAAGGUGAAGUAGGAUAAAAUAUUUAUAAGAAAAAGAAACAACUCUAAAUAUUAAUAUGACAUUAAACUUAAUUUUUCACAGUGGGCUUUCUUGGUGAUUGUGAAGACUUUGUAGUAUUACACAGUAAGUAAAACUGCUUGUUUGAAUUCAAAUUAUUCCUGCAUUUAGUUACCGAGUUUUCUUCUACGAGACACCAAAGCCAUCACUACCCAUUUCAUGUUCUUUGCUUUCCUCACUCAAUUUUAGAUAACAGUUUUCACCUGAUAAACAUUACCCUCCCAACACUGGGCACCUAUGGACAUCUUUUUGUGGUUUUUUAAGAUUAGCCAGUCCUCUUCUUUAUUUGGCCCAGAAAAUAAAGCAGAACUUGCACCUUUAUAGCCUAAAGCUUCCAUCCAAACUUUUCCUAAACAAAGACUCGGAAUAUCAAGCUUGGUCAAGCAGACCAAUUGACCUUUAGACCUCUAUAGGUUAAUUUAAGGAGAUCUCGUAUUUCCUUUAAACAAAACAUUUAAAACAUGAAAGGUAUUGACUAUCCUGUAUAUUUAACAGUUGUAUAUUUUAAUGUGAGAUAAACUCAUUUUUAGUGUUUAAAUUAGUGAAUAUUUUCUGUGGCGUUUUAUUGUAGAGGCCAUCUGGAAUUAUGUCCUUUGCUCACAGAAGCAUUUAAAGAAAAAUUAUUUAGAGAAAGCAUUUACAUGUUCAGAUAAUUAUUUUUUUUUCCAAAUUCAGCAAUUGCCAUAGGAAUGUAAUUGUACUACUCUACUGUGAAUCAAAAGUUUUAGUUACCAUUUUUUAACAAGCUAUAUAAUCACAAUACUGCUCCACAUCUGGCAGGAUAUUGAAGUGGGAUGAUUAUCCUUCUCUUACCUAGACAAUGUGAAUUUAAGCUCCAUGUCAAUGAGAUGGUUCAGUAGAUCAAGGCUCUGCGGUUGUGGGAAUUUAUGGGGCAUUUCAGUUUUCAUGGGCCCCUGUGACUUCAGCAUCAUUAUCACAAAACAGCAGCGAGACGGUGGUGCAGGAGGUGAAGGUUAGGGCAACAGUGCCGUUUAUUUCCCUCCACCUAUUCGCUUCACUGUAUUUCAUUAAGUGACAUGGUCAUAUUUUUCUGUGAAAUAAGAGCUUGGUUGUGACUAGCAAGCAUAAAUUGAAUGUUAGGUUUGUUUGAAGGUUCACUUAUUAGAAGUCAAGAAUUUAAAUAGAAGGCACCAGUUAAUAUCAAAUAUUGAGAUUGAUACCAUUCAACAAUAUUUGUGAAAUGUUUAAUGAAUAUUUCAGGAUUUACAAAGCUUUAUGUUCAAAUAUCAGGUUUGAGACAGGUAAAAUGUUGGUUGCAGUUGGUUCUUUUUGUGUCUUCACUUUGUGUAAAGCCAGAUUAGUUGGACUUGGGGGCUUAAGCUUAUAGCAUCCAAAAGAGUUCAGACAAAACUGGAUUUCUGCUACCCUAAAACCACUCAAAAAGUAAAAGAAAUGUCAUGGGGGAUUAUGUGAAACCUAUUUCUAAAAUCUUUUAGCUGUCAUGCUUGCAUUGGGCAGUUAUAUAAAAAAGAUUUAUUUUGGAGGUGGUGCAACACCAAAGAUCUUCCAGUAUGAAAGAGAACAGUGAAUGUAAAGCAUCUUCAGUCUGGGUAUAAAUAUCUAUUUUUACUAAAUAAAAAAAUAAUAAUUCUUGUUCCCUUAAUUCAUUACAACCUUUGUUUUCUACACCUCUUUACUUUUCUACUUUUCUCCCAAAAAAAAUUCUUCACGUUUUGUUCUCAGGGUGUUUCACACAGGAAGAUCAUUAGUGGUGCAACACCUCUUACAUCCAUUUCCAAGCAUAUAAUCAACAACUUCUGUGUCGAUAUCCUCUCAAUUUAAACAUAGAGGUUCAUAAAAUAGCAGUCUUAGAAAAUACAAUAAUAAUUUUGAGAUUAAAGUUCUAUAUGGUUGAAGUAGCAGUUUGUGUUGGUUUUGGGCUCUCCCAGACUAGACACACAUAGACAUUCUAGAUGUACAUGGAAAUAACGGCACAACUUCAAACGGAAGUAGACCAUUAAACAGCAAAGCAUCCAAAAUGUAUGUACAUUCAAAAUGUUAUGCGCCAUGGGAAAUGUACACACUGUAUUACCCUCAAAACACUAUUCCAUUUGUAGCAAAUAGGGGAGGGAAACUUCACGAAAAUAGUAAGGUUUGCAAUCCUAGACUGUGAAAAUCAGAAAUAAUUAAAGGGAUUUAAAAGCACUGUGCAUUUAGACCACACUACAAGAUGUACUUUUACUAAAGUAGUUUAAGUAGUUUCGCUGUCUUCUGUGUUUGUGGAGUAUAUUCCGUGCUGUGCCUUGACAUAACGAAUUCAUUAUGAUUAUAUAAUAUAACUUGACAAAAUGCAUUCAUACAAAAUUACUCAUUAUGUUAAAAGAGCAAUAUCUCACCAUGAUAUUGCUCUUAUGGUGUACAGGCAUAAAGAGCAAUAUCAGUAUAAAGCCUGUAAACCAGAAGUACAUUUGAUUUGGCUGUAAUGAUGGAGUACACUGAAAGAAUGAAGGAAUGUAUUCAUUUGUAUUCAGUGCUUGAAGUUCUACAUUGAUUAUAGUUGUAAAUCCAUUACUAUGUCACAGGGGCUGCGCUCCAGAACUCCUAAAAGAGAAACAGUCUGUCAAAUCUCUAUGUGCUGAAUUACCAUUUUCAAUUCAGCCAAAAUAAACUUGAUAAUCAAAGCAAUUAACAAUGCAAUCAAAUGCAUUUCCAAGUGUUGUGUUAAAACUUUACUUGGUCUCUUUUGGGAUUCUGGACCUUCCCUCCUGAUGACCCCUCAAGGUGAA